AUGGAGGGUUUUAAAAACCUAACGGUCGAUCAAUUGAUUGCAAAGCUGGGUGACUUAGCAGAUGACGAAGAGACCAUCACAAUUUUGAGAAAAGAGUGCGAACAAUUAUUGAUAAGUGCAAGCGAGUUUUUAAAACAUAAAGUGGAAGAUUUUUUGAUCGACGAAGGUUUAAUUAAUAAUGAUCGAGCUAAAGACGUUCUAAGAGCUUUUAACUUCAAUGAAGUUUUUACUGAUUUAAAAACUCUGGAUCAACAAAUCGCGGCUCUGGCAGCUCACAGUGGAUAUAUCUAUCCAAUUGAUAUUCCACUUGGUUAUAGAAUCGAUCAAAAACUUGAUCGAGCUUCGGGUACAUAUAUACCGGACUUGGUGAUGGAAACUUGUCAAUAUGUUCCUGUUAUUGACACUUUAAAAUUGGUCAUUUCGAAUCCAAAUGUAUUGGAAGCAAUUUUGACAGAAGAAAAAUCUCCAGAUGGCAUACUGAUACUUCAACCUUUCUUAAAUGAUCUUGCUCUCUUAGAAAAAGAUGAUGGGGUAUUGGUAGAGAUGGAAAAUGGCAAUUUUAUACUUCGUGCAACUAUUGCUGCUUUUUUUGAUGAUGGUCUUGCAGUCCACGACGUCUUCAAUCUUCUAGGACCUUCUGCUAAUCAAUUCUGUCGCUUAUGCAUGUAUUCUCGAACCGAUUUACAUACGGGUUCUCUUGAGUUUGGUCCAGAGCGAUCCAAAGAAUUGUUUGAUUAUCAUUUGAAUGUUUUGAAAGAAUCAAACUUUUCUGACGAAACAAAAACACUAACAGGUGUUCGUGGGAGUUGCUGCCUAAAUGAUUCUAAAUAUUUUCAUAUUUCACGAAAUAAGAUUUUUGAUCCAAUGCACGAUUUUCUUUGUGGCAUCUGCCCUAUGAUAAUAAAAUUAGUUUUGAAACACUAUAUUGUCGAUAAACAGAAGUUGAGUGUUGAGAACUUCAACAAUAGAAUAUCUUCUUUUCAAUGGGGUUACUGUGAAAUGAAAAAUAAACCAUCGGCAAAUUUCACUGUCAGUAUAUUGCGGCGAAAAGAACACACACUUAGUCAAAAGGCGAUGCAAAUUUGGAGCUUAAUACGAGCGAUUCCUUUUCUUCUGUCCGAUGUCAUUGACAGUGAUGAUGAACAUAUGAUACUUGUUAUCAAUUUAUUACAAAUAAUGGAAUUAGUUUUUGCUCCAAAAAUUACACAUUCACUUAUUCCAUAUUUAGACGCUCUAAUCAGAGAAUUUCGCUCAAGCUUUAAAACUUUAUUUCCUGAUGUAAACGAAAUCAAUAAAUUUCAUCAUAUUUCACAUUACCCUAAAUGCAUACUUUGGUCCGGUCCUCAAGCCAAUUAUUGGUGUAUGCGUUAUGAAGCCAAGCAUCAUGGUGCCCAAGUUCGAGCUGAAGUAGUACAUAAUUUUAAAAAUCCACCGAAAACAUUAAUAAGAGUCUUUCAAUGUGGCCAAAGUGCAAAGUGGGGUGGAAAAAACGUGGAAAUGUUUCAAGUACUUAAAUCAUCCGGAAAAUAUGUCUUAGUCCAGGAAACUUUGAGUCAAAAGUUCUUAAUUGAUCUUAAUUAUGACAAUCAUAACCAAGUAUUUCGUAGUAAUUCCAUAAAGGUGAAUAGUGUUGAAUUUCGCUUGGGUUUGUAUACAUGCCUUGAAUCUGCUCGACUUCGUCCUGAUAAUUUACCACUAUUUGGAGUUAUCGAUGAAAUUAUUGUACUGAAUAAUACGGAUGUAUAUUUAUUAUUAUCGAUUUGUACAACAUGCUCGUUUGACACAUCUCUACAUGCAUACCACAUAGAAUGCAAUGAAGAUAUUAAAACUCAAUCAUUCAUCAAUGUGCUCAACUUAGCUCACUAUAAGCCAUUUUCGUGCUGGAAUAAAGCUGAAUGUGAUGCUCUUUACUUAAGUCUACCUCAACGGAUCAAUGGUAACGCAUUCAUCGAGUUAACGAAAGAAGACCUUCAAAUUAUGGGCAUCAAAAUAGGUCCUCAAAAAUUAAUAUUAAAAGUUUUGAGUUCCAUUAUGACGGCAAGCUCUACUGUGAAUGAUUCGAUUAUUCAACCUCCUUCUUCAAGCAAUAAUAAUUCAUCAAUUGGAGUAAAACUGUUACUUCAGCCUGAACCUAGUACUUCUAAUACUACAGUAAUUGAUUCUACAAAAUUUUCGAAUAAUUCUACCAUUCGAGAAACACUUUCCAAAGAUAGUACCAAACAAGGACAAAAAUUAUUAAAAAUUUUGGAUGAUGACACGCAAAUAUUCAGUGAAAAUGACCGCCAAUGCUUAGUGAGGAUUGUCGUCGCAGAUCUUGUAAAUGUUCACAAGGGUUGUUAUCCACCCACUCAAGCCAAACGCGCUUUAGCUCAAGCUUUAGUAACGGAGUUCCCGAGACUUAAAAACAAUGUUUCGGAAAACGGCUGGGAACAUUACUUUUCUUCGGAUGGUCAAAAAGGGUUUAUUGAAUGGCGUUUAAUGACUUUAAGGUCUAAAUUAAAACCACAUGAAAAAAAAUAUACGAAAUCAGUGGAAAAAAAAACUCCUAAAGGUCUGCCUAAACCUCUAAAUUCUGAUUUAGAAAAUUUUAACCGAGCAGAUAUGGAUCAAAAAGUAUCUACUUUAAAAUUAAAAAAUCCAAACGAUACGAAUAAGUCUCUUAUUGUUUCAUUGAUGGAUGAAACCAGAGAAUUUAGACGUUACUGGAUUAACACGAAACAUCCAACGAUUACAGAAAUCUUCGAAGAGUAUCCACGUCUGCUUGAUUACAAUGGGGAACUAAUUGAGCGGGAAUUCCAAGCAAUGUAUCCAAAAGUUGCUGAUAAUUUUAUUUCUUUAUUUCCAACAUCAUACAUGGAAAAAAUUUUAUAUUAUGUUGAAAAAAAUCGGGCUGAUUUAUUUUCAAAAUCAUCUUCUAUCAAAGAUAGAAAUUUACGGGCAUUAUUAGUUCUGGUUGAACUACUGCCAAUAUCUAAUGCUGCCAUGUCGAAAAUAAAUAAAGCUGAUCGUAAAAAAAAGGCAGAACAGCAAAAAAAAAUUGGCUCAAAAGGAAAAAAGAAUCAAAAAGGAAAAAAAAGAAAAUUGGAUGAAAUGGAAGAUGAUGAAUCCCUUGUAAAAAAGAAUGUUUUCCCUAAUGAAUUUUCAUUAAGGAUUGUGCCUGAUGGAACAAGCAUUAAAGAUUUUGCGAGAUCCGUAGCAACUAAAGAAAAGUCUAAUGUACAACCGUAUCUGAUAACUCAGUCAGGUCAGUCGGUAGAUAAGACAUUUGUGCAAGGAGAUGGAUGGUUUAUCAGUGUUCAUCCCGAAAGUCAACCCAUCACUACUUUUGAUCUCUUAUACAAAACGUACUAUGUACUUAACGGAGAGUACCCGGAAACUUUGAAAAAUUUUUAUAAUUUUAUUGAUUACUUCAUCUUUAACAUGAAUGUCGAAUCAAUAAGUAUGGUAUGUUCUUUGUAUACUAGUCUUUCAAAUUUUAAUAUUGAUAGUCGUAAGAAAGGUACAGACGAUGUUUUCGAAAAUGAUUCGGACUAG